GGUUUUCCUUGAUGCAAAAUCCCGUCGCAUUAUCUCCAUUCAUCAUUGUUCUGAACCUGAUGAUUCGAUAUUCCAUGUUAAGACUUAAGAAGUCCAAGGACUAAACACGUAAUCAUGAGGAAAUCUGAUAAACGGAGCGCUGGGCGGUUGAUGCUUCGCCUUACUUUGCUCUCUCUGGUCAUCGUAGUUAACUCAUCUCAGCAGUCAACAACCCAAUCACCAGAGGUCUCUCUAGAAGCCUCGACUGGGGGCUGGAGGUCUAGCUCAGACAACAACGAAGGUACAGAUGAGAUUUCCUCCCAACCAUCACAACCGAUUAAUCCGACAACUCCGAGUACAUCAAGUUACGAUCGCACUGACUCGUUGCAAACUUUGAUCAUCCAAGAAUUCACUGGCGAGUUUACCACCGAUGACACGACAACUUCCCAACCUGCCACAGACUUGGUCGUCAGUGUGGAUACAACUAUCUGGGUGUGGCAAUUUUCAUGGACGUGGGUAACCAUCCUUCAGUUAAUAAUUUCCUUGAUCGGUAUUCUUGGAAACCUACUGGUUGUCGUUGUAAUGGCAGGUCGAAGAUCCUCAGCUAGUUCGACGGACAUUUUCAUCGGCGCACUCGCCAUCUCUGACUUGCUGACAUCAAUCUUCAACAUCCCCAUUCCAAGAGCACGGCAGGUCCCUGACAUCCUUCCUGGUGUGUUGUAUUGCAGGCUCAUCUUUACUAGUUGCUUGUCAUGGAUCUGUGUUAUAUCCUCGAGCUACAUCUUGGUUGGUGCUUCUUUCGAGCGCCUGACAGCGGUUGCCUACCCUUUGCGCAUCAAGGAAAUCUUCACAAACCGCAGGGUUUGUACUUUCAUCGUAGUAGCGUGGGUGUUCUCGUGUCUUUCGUGCUCCUAUUAUCUCAUUUCCAUGAUCGCGGAAACUGAUCUCCUAUCCCGAAUCUACUGUGUGCCCUCCAAUUCCCAUUCUUCUUUACUACAGUUGUUCAACAUGUUCAAUUUCACCAUCCGAUUGCUCAUUCCCGUUGUUCUGAUGUUGGGUUCCCAGAUAGCUAUGGCAUUCCUACUUCAUCUACGGUCGAGAAAAAUGCAACGUGUCAUAGCUCAAGGUUCCAACCAGUGCUAUCAUAUCCUCGCUAGGAAUCGUGUCAUCAAGAUCUUGUUGGUCGUCAUCAUUAUCUACAUCCUUUGUUGGGCUCCAAGCCAGAUUACAUUUGUAGUCAUCUCUUUUAAAGGAGCAGUUAGGGCCAGAGCCUACGUUGUUGGAACCGUCCGACAGAUUCUCAACCUAUUCACGUUCAUUAAUUCGUCCAUCAACCCCUUGAUAUACGCAGCCCAAUAUCCCAAGUUUCGUUCUGCCGUGAAGGAUGUGUUUGCAGGUACGGUAUAAAAGCACAUAACGUUGUUCGGCAUCGAUAAUUCAUAACGCUCUCGGCAUACUUAAAGCAUGGAGCUAUUAAGCUCUAUGCUUAAAGCUUUAAGAUUAGUGUUGACAAAGCUGGCGAAAAGGCUUAAUUGGAGUUAGAAUUCGAUUUUUCAUUAAUUUCGGUUUCACAUUUACAAAAAUAUUAUAAACAAAAUGAAAUAAAGUUAAAUAUAUCGCAAAAACAUAGCAAUAAUGAUAACAGUAGCAGAGAUAAUAGAUCGGAACUUACAAGAUAUGACCUCAGUUGAUUUUGAAUAUAUAAAAGGGAAACGGAGGGGCUAGCCCAAAAUUGCCAAUCUUGUAUAAGAGGCACUUAGCCCCCUUAACCUAGUUUCGCAAUGAAAACUUAACGAGCAUAAAAUCAUUGUCGGAAUGAUAAUAAGUGAAUAGUUUAUAUUUUCGAAAAUAUCAUCAUUUGAAGAAAUAUGAGUGAUGUAAGAAUACGAUAAGAGUAAAGAGAGGUAUACAGUUAGAGGACAUUGGGUUGAGGUGCAGUGUAAAUAAGCUUGACAAAACAGUUUAUACUUUGUAAUAAUUCUACAAAAUUAUACAUUUUAAAGCAAAUGACGAUAAAACUAUUGACAAAUCUUUCUGCUUGAGUAAGUAACAAUCCUUUUAAAAGUGAUUUGCGCUAAAAUUAUGAAAAAGUUAAAAAGAAUAAAAGUAAACGUUAAUCAUGAAGAACGCAUGAACUAUUACUAAGAAGAUUGAUCUAAAGACAUAUUUACCUUUCUAAAUAUGUUUCCUUAGACCAAAGAAUAAUCCCUCGAGCCAACUAACCCC